CAUGGUGCUGUCGGUGCCCAUCAUCGCGCUGGGUGCCACGCUAGGCACGGCCACCAGUAUCCUCGCCCUGUGCGGCUUCACCUGCCUGUGCCGUCGCCUGAACCCCAAGCACGGGCUCCGGGAUCCGGACCAAGGCCAGGAUGCUGAGAAGGCGACGUCCAGCGUGCUUCGGCCCGCCCAGCAGCAGCAGUUCAAUAUCAAAAAAUCCACGGAGCCUGUCCAGCCCAGAACCCUCCUGAAGUUCCCAGACAUCUAUGGACCAAAGCCAGCAGUGACUGCCCCAGAAGUUAUCAACUAUGCUGAUUAUACCUUGAAGACCACGGAAGAGGAGCCGGUCGCUUCUGGCACACAGGCUCUAAAUGACAGUCGCCUCAAAAGACAGGUCACAGAGGAACUCUUCAUCCUUCCUCAGAACGGUGUGGUGGAGGAUGUCUGUGUGAUUGAGACGUGGAACCCAGAGAAAGCCGCCAGCUGGAACCAGGCCCCAAAGCUCCACUAUUCCCUGGGCUAUGACCAGCAGAAAGCCCAGCUGUCUGUGACGCUCCUGGAAGCUGUGACAGGGGACCAUGACGUGGGCUGCGACUGCUACAUCCAAGGAAGUAUGUCGAGUAUCUCGGGCACCACUGAGGCACAGACGGCCCUGAAGAAGAGGUUGCCACACACCGCCUGGGAAGAGGCCCUGGUGUUCCCCCUGACUGAGAAAGAGAGGCCAGCGGCCACCUUGACCUUGACCCUGAGAACCUGUGACAGGUUCUCCCGGCACAGCGUGGUGGGGGAACUGCAGCUGCACCUGGAUGGGGUACCCCUGGGGACGGCCCAGUGCGGGGAGCUGAAGACCUCAGCCAAGGCCCUGGCCACUGGCUCCGGCGAAGUCCUCCUCUCCAUCAGCUACCUCCCAGCAGCCAACCGUCUCCUCGUGGUUCUGAUCAAGGCAAAGAAUCUGCAUUCCAACCAGUCCAAAGAUGUCCUGGGGAAAGAUGUCUCUGUCAAGGUGACCUUGAAGCACCAGGCCCUGAAGCUUAAGAAGAAGCAGACAAAGCGGGCCAAGCACAAGCUGAACCCAGUGUGGAAUGAGAUGAUCAUGUUUGAGGUGCCCGAUGAUCUCCUGCGGGCCUCCAGCGUGGAGCUGGAGAUGUUGGGCCAAGAUAAGGCCGGCCAGAGCCACGUGCUGGGCCGCUGCAGCCUGGGCCUGCACUCCUCCGGUACCCAGCGCAGCCACUGGGAAGAGAUGCUCAAGAAUCCCCGCCGGCAGAUUGCCAUGUGGCACCAGCUCCAGAUGUAGCCCCAAGAGGCCCCUCCUUCUUGUCCCACCUGCCUUCAUCCAUCUGUCUCCCCACCUUCUCCCCAUUCUACUCUCAGCCAGAUCAUAGGCUCAGGAGACCAUGGAAGAUGUUUGGAAAGGCCGAGGCCCCCUAGGAUCCCUGUCAUCGCAAGUCAGGUGCAUCCCUCAAUGAGCUUUUAUUAAGUACUUACUGUGUGCUAAGAAAAAAGGCCUUUGAUCUCUGACAACGGAGCAGAAAUAGGACCUUGGUGAUCACCCUACUGAGUGCACACAGUGAUUCCCUUCCUACUUGCCAAAAAGAUGGGUGAGUUCCAGCCCAUGUGCAUGAGACAGCCCACACACAGAUGGGCAGACAGGCCUUGGAAAAAAGGCAAAGGAAAGCUUGAUCUGACAAACAUUUCAUUAUUUUUGAAAUGCCUCUUCUCGAACACCAUGUUCCUGUUGAUAGAGUAAAUAAGAGUUUCCCUAUUUUUUUAAGACUUAAAAGAACUUCAGAAUGUCAAUAGGGAGUAACUUUCAAGGUCAUACAGUCCAAUCCCUGCUCCCCAACCCCCCCCCCCAGGAAAAAACUGCUUGGAUACGUCCAGUGAUGGAGAAUUGAAGUGGCAGAAAGAGGGCUGGGUUCGGAGUCAGAGGCUCUGGGUUCAGAUCUCGGCUCUACUUCUUAGUACCUGUGUGGCGUUGGGCAAGAAAGGUAAAGACCUCCCUUCUGUAAACUAGGAAAUCCCAAACACCCUCUCCAUCUCCAGAUCUGGGGUCCUAAAGAGGCAACCAGCUGUUUUUGAAAAUAAGUUUUAUUGAUUCCAUUUUGUUUUUCAAAAACAGUUCUGGAAAUAUCGCUCUCCCCUUUUCAGCUUUCAAUCCCAUGCUCUUGUGAACUAAAAAUAAUCUGGAUUCCAGUUCUGGCCCUAUCACUUUCUUUCCAUGUAUCACCCCUCUUGGCCUGAGUUUUCUCAUCUGUGAAAUGGGGACUCUGAGGCUACUAUCUACCUCACAGGGUGAGGGAAUUCCUUUUUAUAAGGAGCUGAGUGCCACAGAAAGGUCAGCUCCCUUGGUUAACUUAAUUAUGUAGUCCUUGAAUCAAGCUUUCCUUUGCAUUUUGACCAUGCACAGAUGGGUGCACCCAUUAGCCAAUGGGCAGUUGCUUGAGGCUUAAUGACUUGCACACAGAAUACUCCAUCCGAGCCUAACCAGUGUCCUUGUUCACAUUGUAAGGAGAGCAAGUGGCCUAUGGAGAAUGUUACUCCUCAGCUUGUUGGCCAAGAUGUUGGGAGGCGGCCACAGUACAGUGGGGAGAUCCUGGCUUUUCAGCCACAGGACGCAGGUUCAAAACCCGCCUCUGACUUUUACUAUCUAUGUGACUCUGGGUGAGUCCCCUCCCAGGGCCUCAGCUUCCCCACCAUAAAAACGAAUGGGUUGUCGGAUGUCCCUUCCAGCUUGAGAUCUGGGAGUCUCCUGCUCCAGCAAGAGAAUCUCCAAAGAGUUGGCCACACGAAUAGAACAAGCAUUGUAAGGUGAUCUGGUUGGGUGGACAGAACACCAUGCUCUGAGCCCAGCAACACCACAGUUCUAUUUGUUCCCUGUCUUUGAUUCACUGAGGAGCACUGGGCAACUCAAGAGGUCUUGAAUUAUCUUGGUUUGGCCAUCUCUAAAACUGGAUGAACAAUAUCUGGCCAGGGUGGAGUUUGUAGGUAGAGGAGAUGCCCAAAUGGUUCUGGGGGUCUCCUGGGGACCUGUUCUUUUCAGUGAAGAAUCCAAAGGGUUAUGAUUGGCCUGGAGUAUUGUCUUUCCCUUCUGCCUUUAGGAGGAAGCAUCCGAGAAGCUGUAGGAGUGUGCACAGACACGGUUUCUGGAUCUUAGAGGUGGAGCUCAGGGAGGCAGCAGUGCCUGGCCUUUGGGAUCCUAUUGGCCAGACACUUAUCUUUUAGCAUUCUAAUGGACUAAAAAGUAGAUCCUUUGCUCCAAUGGGGAAAAGGACAUCUAGAACCCAUAAAAUAUUUGUUCUCCAAAGGACUUUAGAGAGUAUAACAUCCAUGCUGGAAAGGAUCAUAUGACCUGGAACAUAGAGGACUAGAGCCAGACAGACCUUAUAACAUAGAACAUAGAAUGUGAGAGCAGGAGGAACCCUUAGGACAUGGGAUGUCAGAAUUGGAAGGGACUUAGAACACAGAAUGUCAGAGGUGGGAGGGGUCUUAGAAUGUAGAAUACUGGAAUGGAAGGGACUUUGGAGUUCAUUUGCUUUAUCCUUUAUUGAACAUGUAGGGAAACUGAGGCCCCAAGAAGGGGAGAUAUGAUUCUGAGCUUACAAAGGGAGUAAGCAGCUGAAUCGGGACAUGUAGUAGACAGGUCAGGAUAGAACAUCACUCCAUUUGCAGAUUACCCUUGGCAUCUCCCAUUAGAAUUUUCCUUUUGGAACUGGGAACCUUCCUUUCCAGUUGCAGAGUUUUAUUGGGGGCUCUUCAAACAUCUUCUAGAAUGGGAACUUGAUGUGCCUGGUAAGCUGGAAGGUUGGCAUUGGAGAUAGAGAGCCAAGGAGCUUGAGAUAGGGAGGAGGAGAGAUGGCCUCUGAGAAUUGACCUAGAAUGUUCUCUUGCCCCUUGUUAGCUCUCCAUAAGGUUGUGGAGUGACAGUGGCAGGACCGUGUGCCUGGAUUCCCUUUUGCUCCUGUCAUCUCGGACUUGCUUAUCAUUCUAAGAGCACAGGGUUCAUGGCCUCUCAUCUCUGCCUUACCCAUGUUCUCCCUUUGAGUGUGUGAACAGCCAUGUUAUGAUCCUGGCCUUGGCAGCAGGUUGGCUAGACCCCGUUCCUCCUGGCCUGGCUUGGUGAAUCCCACUCCCCGAGCUCGGGUCUCUUCCUCUGCUUGGAUUGAUUGUAUUUUCUAUGCAGGCAGAGUGUUCCAGAGCAGUGCCUGGGUGGCCUGAUUUCCAGAGUCCCAAGAAGGCUCAUUUGACCCUAAAAAGGCUUCCUCCUUUUGGUCUCCUUAUGCCUGACAUUGAAGUUGGGGCUUCAUUCAUUUGGCUUAAGGCUUGAUUACCUUUUUGAAACAUAAAUGCGACAGGAAGGGUUUGGACAAGAUGGCCUCUGUGAUCUUCCCCAGCUUUAUAUCCCAUGAACCCUCUGGUCUUUGAGGUCCUUUUCAGGGCUAAUUGUAUGACCCUAUGGUCAUGAGCUCCCUGGGAGAGGUGACUCACUAUUAGCUCUUUACUGUUCAACAAAGUUGAGUUUCCCAUAAAUGAACCAAGUUCAGCAGAGGGAAAAAGUCAAAUGAUUGGGAGGAUGCUGGGUCCCUAUAAGGCAGAGGGGUGAGUGAAAGGGGUGACUGGAAGAGGAGAAAAGUGACAGGAGCUAGAGGAGGAGACUGAGGACACCCCAGAGCAAUCUGCCCAAACUCUCACUUUGUCUGUAGGGGCUUGUAAGGUGUGUCCCAAGCUGGUUGCACCUUCAUCUAAAGGGAUUCCUACUCCAAUUGAGUCAUGGAAGGACCCAGCUAAAGAGGAAGAGGAAGACAGGACACUGCAGAAACCAAGAGACCCACAGAAAUGGGUAAAGGCAAGUCCACCUGUAGAUGUGGCUGAGACUGAAUUAAGCAGUAGGCUUCUGCUAAGUAAUUCUAUCCAUUACCUACCAGUCAGUCAGUCAACAAGCAUUAUUAAGCUCUUAUGGCAUUCCAUCAACUGUGCUAAAUUCUGGGGAUGCAAUGAAAGGCAAAAAUAUUCCGUGCCCUCAGAGAGCUCCCAUUGUAAUGGGGGUGAUCACAGAUCCAUAACUAAGUACAUUCAAGAGAUAUAGGGAGCAAAUACAAGGUGAUCCGAGAGCAGAAGCACUAGCAGCUUAGGGGGACCAAGACAGUCCUAGAGAAAGUGGGAUUUGAGCUGAGUCUUGAAGUCAGGUGGCUAAGAAGUGGUGGUGAGGAGGGAGAGCCUUCUGGGCAAGGGAGAUAAGUAGUUCACAAGCUCAGGGUUGGGAUAGGAAGAAUAGCAGAAGGCCCGGUGUCUAGGGGUCCCUUGGCCCAGCAGAUAUAAGGGAAUGAAGUAUACAGAGAUGAGAAAGGAAGGAAGAGGCCAAGUUAUAGAGAGCUUUAGAUGUUAAAGCGAGGACUCUCUAUUUAGUCUUGGAAGUCACAGGGAGACUGACAAAUUGUGUGUGUGUGUGUGGGGGGGUAAUGGUCAAACUUAGGCUUUAGGAAAAUUACCUUGGUGCCUGAGGGGAGAAUGGAUUUGAAUGGGGAGGGUCAAAGCCGAGAAGAAAACUAGACAGGUAUUUCAGUAGUCCAGGUAAGAGGUGGUGAAAGCUUGACCCAGUGUGGUGGCUGGGUGAGGGGAGAGAAGAAUACACAUGUACAUACACAAAUACAUAUAUACAUACACAUACACACAUACAUAUACACACUCAUUCACACAUGCAUACAUAUGUGUAUAUACAUAUGUAUAAUAGUAUACAAUAUGUAUGUAAGAGAGAAGAGAAGAGGAGAGAGAGAAAAAAGUAAAGGUAAUGGAUUGCAUAUUUGGGGGUGAGGGAGAAUGAGGAGCUGAGGAAGAUGCCCAUAUCUUGGGUGAUUAGGAAGCUGAUGGGACCCCCGGCAGGAAUAGGAAAGUUGGGAAGAGGGAAAAGGGAAAGCCAAUGAGCUCCAUUUUGAACAUGUUGAGUUUGAGGUGCCUAUAGGACAUCCAGUUUUGAGAUGCUCCAAAGGCAGUUGGUGAUUCAGGAUGAGAGCUCAGGAGGGGGCUGGGGAUCAUCUGUAUAGAGAUGAUCAUUGAGCCCAUGGAAGUUGAUGGGUUUACCAAGUGAGAUAAGAUAAGAGGACCUGGGAUAGAACCUUAGGGCAGGCACACCCAUGGUUAAUGUGUGUGUGUGUGUGUGUGUGUGUGUGUGUAUGUGACAUGGAUGAAGAACCAGUGAAUGAGACAGAGGAGGAACAGUCAAAUAUAUAGAAGGAGAACCAGGAAACUGUAGUAGAGGGGAGAGAAUAUCCAAGAGAAUGUGGUUGACGGUCUCAGAUGUAUCAUGUGUAUUAUACAUAUACACAGACACAUGUAUGUAUGUGGGUAGGUAGGUGUGCUGCAGAUGCAGCAGAGAGGUCAUGAAGGAUGCAGAUGAACAGUCCAUUAAGAUCACCAGUACCUGUAGUUUUCUUGGCACCUAGCCCAUGCACUUCCAUUCAGUAAAAGAUGCUGUGUCACAUCUGUUUUAAGCUCACAGAAUUUAGCACCCAAAGGAUGACCUUUAUGUAAUACAUGGCUAUUUUUCAGGGUCAGGCCUGCCAUCCUGUGCCCUGAUCAGACAAUGUGUGUAGUGUUCAGUUCUAGGUGCCAGAUUGUCGGAAGGAUGUUGUCAACUUGGAGAGUGUCUAGAGGAGAGGAGCUAGGAUGAUGAAAAGACUGGAAAACUUACCAUCUGAGGAUCAUCUGAAGGAACUGGGUUUGCUUAGCCUGGAGAAAAAGAUUCAGAGUGAGCAUGUCCUUCAACAGCCAAAAGAAUGAAUCUCUAAGAGCAGAGGGGCAAGUGGUAGAGUUGAUAUUGGGGGACAGUAAACUUCUGGUCAAACCCUAUUACAAGUUUUGUAUUCAGUUUUUUUUAGUGAGGCAAUGGGGGUUAAGUGACUUGCCCAGGGUCACACAGCUAGUAAGUGUCAAGUGUCUGAGUCUGGAUUUGAACUCAGGUCCUCCUGAAUCCAGGGCCGGUGCUCUAUCCACUGUGCCACCUAGCUGCCCCUGAAUUUAGUUUUGUUUUAAAGGAAAAUGCACAAUUGAGUAUAGCUGGAGAAAAGCAAUGAGGAUGGUGGAAGCCGGUUCUAGAAGGAAUGGCUGAAGGAAUCAGAGAUGGAUAGUCUAGAAGUCUUGGUGGGAGUGGGAAGAGUUUGAUAGACAUUUGUGGAUGGAAAUCACACCUGUGUGACAUUACGCAACUUAACUUCUCUGGGGCUCCCCUUCCCUAAUGUAGAAAAGGAGAGAAUCCGACUAAAUGAUCUUUAAAGUUCCUUCCAGUCCUAGACCCUAUUGAUCUAUGAAAUAAAGUCAGUGAGGAAGAAACAACAAAUUCCUCCUGUCUGGCCUAAGUCAGAUGACACUUAUCCUUAUCCUUAAAGCUAGCGCUAUGAUCAUAGAACACCAGCGCUGUAGGGGGUCUUAAAACAACGAUAAGGGCAGAAGGAACCUUAGAAUAAAGAAAUACUGAAUGUUAAAGCAGACAGAAACUUUACAGAAUACAAGAUAAUGUCAGUGCUGGAAGGAUCCUUUAGCAAUUGAAUAUCUGAGCUGGAGGGGAACUUAGAACACUGAGUGGCAGAGAUGAAAGGAAGAGACUUCACAAUGUGGAAUGUCAGAUCUGGGAGGAACCUGAGAACAAAGAACAUGGGAUGUCAAAACCAAGAUGGACUUUAGAAGACAGGAAAAAAAAGAAUUCCAGAUCUUGAAGGAUCCUAAAAAUAAAACGUUAGAAAUAGAGGAGGAGCUUAGAACAUAGAACAUGGGAUGUGAAAACUAGGAGGGACUUUAGAACUCAGAAAUUAAAAUGUCAAAUCUAGAAGGGGCCCUAAAAUAGACUAUUAGAAAUGAAUGGGGGCACAGUGGAUAAAGUAGCAGCCCUGGAUUCAGGAGAACCUGAGUUCAAAUCUGGACUCAGACACUUGACACUUACUAGCUGUGUGACCUUGGGCAAGUCACUUAACCCUCAUUUCUCCACCAUUAAAAAAACCCAAACAAACAAAAGAAAGAAAGAAAUGAAUGGGGAGUUUAAGAACAUAUAAUGUCAGUUGUAGGAAGGACCUUAGAACAUGGAAUGGCAGAGCAGAAUGGAACCUUAGACCAUCAUGUGUUAGCACUGGAAUGGACCUUAGAACACAUAGCCCAUGAAAUGCCAGAAUUUAACAUUCUAAUUACCCUGAUGUGUAUCUCUAUCUUUAGAUCAUGGGAUGUGGAUAAACACUGUGGGGCUCAUUUCAGAAUGCCUUCUGACCUCAGUUCUAUUCAGCAAACAUUUACUAAUCAGUCAACCAGAAUUUAUUAAGCACCAACUAUGUGCCAGAUGCUGGGCUAAGUUUGAAAGGCAAAAAUAAGAAAACAAAACAAAACAAAACAAAACAAAGGCAGAAAUAGUCUCUGCCCUCAAGGAAUAUACAUUCUAAUGGGGAGACACCAAAUUCAUAACUGGGCACAUAAAAGAUAGCCAGAGUAGAUGGAAGGCAAUCUCAGAUACUAUAGCCGAGGGGACUGGGAAAGGUUUCUUGCAGAAUAUGGAUUUGAGCUGAGUCUUGAAGAAAUCCAGAAAAGUUAGAGAACAGAAGGGAGGAGAGAGAACAUUCCAGGCUUGGGGGACAACCAAUGUAACGACACCUAUGUGCAAGGUGGGCCAGCUAGAUGGCACCAUCUGAAGAUCUGUGGAUCUUAAUGGCCAGGUAGUUCAAUAGGUCUGCAGUAUUCUUUGGCAGCCAAGAAAGUUGCAAUGUUAAGUCAUGUUGAGAGAGGCCUAGUAUUGAGGGGUAAGUUGAUGAUAGCUAAGAUUCUCUGCCCUAAUCAAAACACCUGGAAUAUUGUAUUCAGUUCUAGGUGAAACAUUUUAGGAACUCUAUUGAUAACCUAGAAAUAGCCCAGAGAAGGGCAAACAGCAUGGGGGAGAGUCUUGAGACUGACAAUAUGGAGAUGAGUUGAAGGAACUGAAAAUGAGAAGACUUGGAGUCAGGGUCACAAGGUAAAUAUUUAACAUCUGGCUCUCUGGAAAAGAAAAAAAAAGUCAUGCAUGACACACCUUUAAAUUUAAUCUGCGUUAUUAACAUUUUCCCCAUCACUUUCUUAAAUCUAGACAAUCCACAAAAUGAUAAAUCAAGUCUUGAUUUGUAGCAUUGUGAUUUCUGAGGUGCAAGUUCUUAUACUGAAAAUUUAACAGUGGGCUCCUGUGAGCUGGUAGGACCUGGCCCCCCUCACAUUGCUGGGUAUAGUAGUGGAUUUUAAACAUUUGAAUGACUGUCAUAUAGAACAGUAAUUAGAUUAGCUAGAGGGUGGAACCAAAGGCAACAGGUAGAAUUUGCAUUUAAAUUUAAGUCUGAUGUCAGGAAAAACUUAUUACCCAUUAUUGCUAUCCCAAAGUAGACUACAUGAUCUUGGGAAGGAGCAGCAUCCUCUUCAUUGGCCAUCUUCAAGUCAAGGCUGAAUGACCACUUGUCAGGUGCAUCAUAAUGGGGAUUACUCUUCACAGGUGUUGUUAGGGAAUAGGGACUAGCUCUAUCAUUUCAUCAACACAGAGAACACUCAGAUGAGGAAACUCUGUUCAGGUAUGAGUUGGUCCAAAUGACCUCUGAAGUCUCUUCCAUUUUUGAAAUUCUGUGACUGAAACACAGGUUUCCUGACUCCAAAUCUAACUUUCUUCUGUGCCAGAGGCAUCAAACUCAAAUAGAAAGAGAUACCUGCACACUUUUAUUAUCUAUGUUAUAUUGUAUUUUUGUUUAUUUUGUUAAAUAGGUCUCGAUUAUAUUUGGAUCUGGUUGCACCACACUCUUGAGUUUUGUGGGCAAAGCCACCUUUUCACAAUUUCAGUGGGCCCUUGUAUUAUGACAAGGGACCAGGGUUCAUAUAGGAGGAAAUUUGUGGGACACUCAACCUGGACUCUCAAAGAAGUAAUCCAUCAGCCAUGUUUCAUUGGUUGUAACUUCUCACAUCGUUUUUGUGAAAAUCCUAGGUUUCUUAUACUAGGAAUUGAGACAUUGAAGGUGGACCAGCUGUGUAGUGGCUGGAAUUUCUUACAGGAGCCAAGACAUUCAGGAAUUAUUCCUUAAAUCAUCCUCUUCUUACCUGACAAUGCCUUUGAGUAUUUUGGGCCAUGGGGUCUUUAGUAGUUCUGCCCCCUCCCUCCCAACAAAGGCCCUCUAAUCCUGGCUCUUAAAUUAUGCCCAUUUGUGUUGUCCUCAUUAUUCUAAACUUGAGAUGUUACAGAUGACUUUGAUGAUAAUGGCAAGUAUGUGGAUGUGAAGUCAAAGGACCUGAGUUUGACUCUAUUUGGAGUUCUCUAAGAAAAGAAAGAUCAUGUCUUAGCUAUUUGUCCCCAAGUCCAUUAUUAAUAAUCGAGAUCCUAUUAUAAUCGAGAUCCUAUUAUAAUUAUCUUGGUUUCAUUUACCAGCGCUGGAUGAAAAUGCCUUUUGGUACAGUGGAUAGAAUGCUGGAUUAAGAGUCAGAAAGACCUAGUUUCAGAUCCCACUUCAGAUACUUACUAGCUAUGUAUCCCUGGUCAAACCAUCAUGGGGUCAAACAACGAACAAGUAUAUGUUAAGCUCCUAUUAUUUGCCAGGCACUGUUCUAGAAAGAAAUUACUUCUACUCUCAAGAAGGGUCUCAGAAAGUAAUCUAGUCCACCCCCCGCCCACUUUAGAGGUCAAAAUACUGAAACAAUGGUGAAAUGACUUGCCCAAGGUCACAUAGGAAGUAAGUGGCCAAGCUGGUCCUGAGACUUCAUGCUUAGUUCUUUCCACUGGGUGGCUCUGCUUCCCAAUUAUGUAACUUUUCUGAACCUCAGUUUCCUCAUCUUUAAAAUGGAAAAACAGGAACACCCCUCUCAGAAUUAUUAAAAGGAUCAAAUGAGAUAAUGGAUUUCUGUACAAGCCACAGAGCACCAUGGGCUGAGAAAAAUAAUAGAAGACUAGUCUUAGAGCCAGGAAGACCUAGGUUUAAGUCCCUCUUUGACCACAUGCUGGCUGUAUGGCCCGGGACAAUUCACUUAACCUCUGUGUGUCCGAGGCAAAACCCAGAGCAAAUACAUUGCAAAGAAGGUGCCCAUCUGCAUUGGUAGAAGAUGUUACUAACUGGGGUGGGGGGGGUUCUUAAAACCAACAAAAUCACAUAUCCAGUAAAACUUUGAGCUUUUGUUUUUCUUAUUUUCAUGUUUGGAUAUAAAUGGUUCUGGGUCAAUCUAUUAUUGUCCUUUCAUGUUUCAUAUUUCGUCAACUAUUGCAUUGGUGGAUAAAGUGUCUGAUUUUGCAAUUGAAUGAAAGUGUUGGGAUUGAGGCUUAUCUGUGGAUUCAGUGAAUUAUUACCAUCAUGAUUAUUAGAAAGUAGCUUGGUGUAGUGGAAAGAAAGUUGGCUUUAGAGUCAGUAGACCUGAGUCCAAAUCUUGGAGGUGACACUUACUAGCAGAGUAGAUGUGGGCAAGUCCUCUCAAUUCCAGAUUCCUCCAAGCCCCUGUUGUGUAAAUCAGUGAUAAGUGCUCCCUACCUUGAAGGGUUGUUGUUAAAGAAAACCCCUUGUAAACCUAAACAUGUGCUAUAAAUGUGUAUUGUUAUGUUGAUGUAAUGAACAAGAUAGAACAGUCUCACCAUGGCUGUCCCACACUGGAACUCUAUCCUAAUGAAUUUUCAACCUUUGUUGGUCCCAGUUGCCCAUGUGUAAGAAGAUCCUUUGUUGUGUCAUCUGACCAUAUAUGUAAUGGACUUGUUUAUGGUGGCCCCCAAAGUCAAGUGAGCACACCAUUCUAGGAUAGACCUAUGUGUAUUUCACUAUGGAGGAAUCUCUAAAGAACUGAAUCAAGGACAUGAAUCAGAGAUGAGACAAUUAAGAGAUACUAGCUCAGGCAAAUACAGCUACCACUAGAAUCCAAAAGAAAAACAUCUGCUCCCUCCAGAACUCAACCCGAGGUCUGGGAGAAUAUCUCUCCAUGUCAUUAUUUCUUGCAUUGAAUCCAAAUGGAUCAGCCACCAUUUACUGGGAAUCUACUAUGGAAAAGAGAUGCUGCAUGCCCAUGUGCAUCUAUCCCAGAUGUGGUCCUAGAUGCAAAUCCUUCAGUAAAAUGGCCAAAGGAAAUCCCUGGAAGUAUUUUUGACAGGAAGCCGGUUGCUGCUCAACUUUAAGGAGUCCAAGGUGUGGGAAGUGAAUGAAAUGACAAAUGGAAUUGGGGGAUAGGGAGCUGAUCAAGAGAGUCCUAUCCCUGGUGAUCCUGUGUCCCAGUUUCCUGUUGUCUGUUCAGUGCUAAAUGUUUUGGUGUUUGUAUUUCAACCAUGAUCUGAAGCACAAGGAGACAGCAUGGAGUUGCUGUUGUUAUGUGUCUGGUGUGAUGGUGCCAGAGAACAGAGAAGCACCUUGUGAUAAAUAAAUAACCUUCAACUGGGA